AUGGAACCCGGGCUCGACUGUCAGCCGGACACCGAGCUCGGCCAUGCAAGCAAACACCCGAGCAUCGCUUCCGUACAAAUGAGGGUACCUUGCGAGGCAAGAAUCGAGCACCCGAGCCAAAACCCGAGCAAGGGGUGCGCUAAUGGCGUACCCUCCGCCCCCAAACGCCAUAUCAAAAUAGAAUUUUUCAUUCUGCUCGUAGCUCUCAGAGCCACACCCAAUGUAGUGCCACCUAUUGUGGUCGUAUUUGGACAAAAUCCUCACAAGAUUCUCGGGGAAAAACAGGGUGUCGUCGUCUCCGAAGACGUACCAGUGGAUUCCGGGCACAUCGAGGGCGACGGCGUCCCGGACGACGCGCGCGAUGCGGAAGCCGGCGGCGAGGGACGCGGCGCCGGGCGGGACGACGAUCGGGGGGAGGGAGUGGGGCGGAUCGGGGGCGGCGCGGUCCAGGAAGAGGAAGGUGGUGUUGAGGUGGGCGAUGGGGCGGCGCCAGAGGCGGAUAGCGGCGGGGCGAGGGAGGAUAAGGAGGAGGAGGGGUCGGCAGCGGAGAAGGCGGCGGUGGGGGGGUGGUUGAGGUGGUGGAGGGAGAGGAGGAGGGCAGCGGAGAGAAGGGCGGAGAGGAGGAGGAGGAAGUCCCUGAGUCGGGAUCGGGUGGCGGCGAAGGGUCUUGGGAUUAGAGCCAUUUUUUUCUCGUUUUUUCUUCUUCACCGUGUUUUGGAAUCGGAAACUGUGAGUGGUGGAUACAUGGGAAACAUUUGA